UGUGCUUUAAAUGUGACCUCAGGUUAGUUGUAUUGCCAGCUUUCGUUGACACCGUUUUGAAACAAAGUCGACAUACCGGCUCGUUCACAUUGAUGGGUUCUCCACGCUCAUUUGGCUUAAAGCCAAAAUACUCCCACACCGGAGCUGUGGAAUGUGGCUUUAAAAGAAAGUCUGGACUGGACGACUCUAAACGUUCUUGCUGGUGCUGUGUACUGCACUCAUUUCCUAACUGGUAGGCCUAGAAGUAAUGUUUUAUUAUUAUUAUUAUUAUUUGAGGCUUGUUCCAUUUCGUAGGGUAUGAUUUCAUCCAGUACCCCUUGUAACUCGGUUCCAAGGGGCAAGGCGACGCUCGAAGAUAAGGGGUAGGGGUAAAAAUAAGAAUAAGACAGACCAGCAGGUGGCAGAAGUCCCUUGCUGAGCUCAUGAUUUCAAUAGAAGAAGAAAGUUAUUCUGAUUGGCCAGUCAAAACUAGCGCGCUUCGCUAAUGUGGGAUAUGAUGGGACGGCGAAACGUCUGAAAGCGUCGGGUUUGUAGUUUUCGAGGCUGUAGCUAACGCUUGAGUUACAUAAGCAAGAAGAGAAUGGGUGUAGCGUUUCACGCCGAGUGAUAGGAGGUUAUGGAAGCGGUCAGGUGCUCCGUGGACUGCUGGGCAGAUUUUGGUGAAUUACUCUCGGGAAGAGUCGUUCAUACUGGGACCGAAGUACUGUUAACUACAGGUACCAGCGACCUGCUGGUCUUCAGUGGUCAAGAGAAAAGAGUUAAGAGCAUCUUGCAGUUUGACUCUCCAGUGACAUCCCUGGCUGUAAGUGAUAAGAACCGCCUCUAUGCUCUCUGCCAGAGCCAUGGCCUUUAUUGUACGAGUUUCCCACAGGAAUGCAGUUCUCAAUCAGUGUCAGCACAAAAGUGUGAUUCCUCCGUGUCCACAAUAUCCAGGGACUCAAUUGUUAUUGAGGAUGGGAAAAUGCAAGCGUUCAUCCUAGUAGAGGGCAUCUUAGUCAUUGUCAGUCUGCAAGAGUCUUUCUGGAGUUUUGACCUCUAUAAAGUGCCAAAUUGUUCGACAGGAGCCACAGUCUAUCGCAAGCAUGCCAGUGUCCAUGUCUCUCAGAAUACAGUGGGUGCAAGAAUUGGCUCAGCUCCAGUGUUGGCCUCUGUCUACCCCAGCAAGGACUCUUUAUCUAAGGGACGUACAUGUCAAGGACAUUACCUUCUUGAGCCUCUCCUUUUUAGGCUCUUAUUUGGAGUUGAUGCAGCUCUUGUUCAUUCUCCAGUAAUUCUCUGUGGUUUACCAGAUGGGCGACUUUUCUUUUUCCCGCUACUUUUCCCUUCAUGGGGAGAGCAAAAGCCACGAAUUAGGAUGCUCCACAGCCUGGAACAGCCAGUAACAUUCAUGGGAACCUCUGUCAUAGGAGAACAGGGGCCACAGUGUCUGGUCAUAGUUGGUCAGAUGGGUCGAAUUCUGCUGAUCAGGGCCAGUCAAACAAGCUCUGAUGGAAAGGCAGCAGAUUGUGGUUUCAUUGAGCAGACUGUGAGGGGACCUGUGGUGUGCGCCUGUGUGAAUGGUGAACAUCUGUUCUACAGUACCUCCACAACACUCCUAGCUUUGCCUCUGAGCAAGACUGCAACAUCGUCAGCAUUUUCAUCCCUCACAGCAGCAGAGGGAGAGAGAGAGAGCAUUAGGCAAGAGAAGCCUGCACUGCUCUCUCAGAGUGCUGUUUGUCUAAGUGUGUCCCGAGUGAUUGCACUAGCUGAACCUUCCGUCACUCCUACAGGUCAUGUGCAGCUACUAUUGUUGUCUCACAGUGGGAGGCUUCUUCAGGUGACUCUUCCUCAGGAGUCAGAUAAAGAUUCUGUGUCUCGACUUACUUCAUCAAAAGUGGGCCAGACAGUGAAAGACCUCCUUGCUGGUAUUGGAAAUGUUUGGGAGAGAGCAACAUCAGUGAAACUCCAACUACAGUUGAAGAACAAUGUCCUGAAGCAUUUGAACCAAGUCAUCAACAUCUGCAGCUUGUUUUUGACCUAUCAGAAGAGCAGUCAAGAGGGCAAGGAUUGCAAGCCACCAAUCAGCUGUCAUGGUGUAGCAAAGUGGAGUACACUGCUACAAAAAGAAGCUUUGGUUCUUACUUGUACUUUGGAAAACUUAAGUGCUUAUGUGCUGGACCAAGGAUGGACUCUCUGCAUUGAAGUCCAGUCACCCUAUUCUCUCACUGCUGAGGGUACUUCCAAGACUUACUCAUUUGCUUUGAAGAAAUUAGACUGUGGUCAGAAAAUGGAAGUGAAUUUACCUCUUGAGAGCAGAGGUGAGGAAUUUGUUCCAGUCAAGAUCCAGUGUUUCCUGGUCUACUCCCUACAGUCUUUACUUCACAAAGAGGAAUGCAGAAACUUCUCAGCAAGUGAAAUCCCGGUGUCUCAUUUUCUUGAAGACAAAAGCUGCAUCAGUCUGACUCUGAAUACUCUAACACUGGACUGGCUAGAUUGUUUAAGGAUUGGACAGCCGGCCUCACAUAGUGAGAUUCCCAAACAAAAUAGCGUUUGGGAAGCCACCUGCAUUUUCCUGAGCUCCAGACGGAUUCACACAGAGGAGCAGCCUAUGCCAAAGCCUGAUCACCAUGUAGUAGCAAUUCGGAUAUCUUUUGAUCUCCUAAAAACGGUGCUUAGUUUCCGUGAUUGCAGCAGUGCAGUGCUGUGCGUUUCUGUGCUUAACUGGCUAUUAUUUGGAAUGUUUGAGACAGGGGGACAAAAGUUUGUGGAGAGUGCAGUGGUGUGUGCCCAUGGGCCAGAUAGACAACCAGUUAGACUGCUGGCCAAAGAGGUUAUAUUGAGUGAUGUUAACUCUGAAGGGCCCCUGUCUGUGGUGGAGGUUCAGGUGCAGAGUUCCUCCAUGGCAGCAGUAUUUGGACUACAUCACGCUGUGCUGCGGCGUGUGCAGAGCCUUCUGAAAGAUGCUCCCAUGAAAUGUGCAAACCCUGGGCAGCUGAAAGGACAGCGUUUGUGUGAGGCUGUUCGGCAUGCUGAGUCUCUUUAUAAGGACCUCCAGGACUCUCAGUCUUCAGCUGCUUUUGGUGGUGUGAUGAAGACAAGGACUUCUGAGUCACUGUUUGAUCUCUACUUGCAACUCAGGGAGAACCCAUUGGUCAUUCUCUGACUUACAGAGGCAAGGGGAGGUUCACAGUCCAGGAACCAGUUUCUGAAGUAAUGGACAUGUUGUUUAUUUAAAAGUCUUUUAUGGCAUAUACUUGAAGGGUUAAUUUGAGCCACUAUUGGCAGAAAAUACAGUCAUUUGGAUUUUAGAAUGCCUUUUUUAUACAGUUCAUGGUUCUACUAUAUGUAUGGUUGUACAAAAGUCUGUUAUCACAGUAUAUUAAACAAAAUAAAAUGACCACACAUACAUGAUUAUUGCUCAUCAGUAAUAAUCAUGUUAUUUAGAUUAACAUUUCACCUAGUGUGCAAAAUCACAAUCAUUAACACAGUAAGAAUAUUAGUGAAAUCAAAAUCUCUGAUGACCUACCCUGAAUUUUCUAGUAAAAAUGUACUAAAUACAACAACAAAAAAAGACUUUAACCCACACAGUAUUUAUAUAACACUGUUACAAAUGAUGCUUUAGUUUAGAUUACAGUUCUUUUUAGAUGCUGUAACAAAGUAAGAGUUUACCUCUUACGCAAUGAUGUGCUGAAACACUGUGGUUUUUGCUUCUGUAGCAUACAGAUAAUAAAGAAUAAAGCAAUGAGUGAUUUAAA